AUGGGUAGGAAGUGCCGAAAUUUGAUUGGCAUUUGUUCCGGAGCCAUAGCUGGUUCCUAUUUGUUUGUAAAAAGAGAACAUGAAAAAUGCUCUCUCCCUAGGGAUACUAAAUUUAUUAUCCCAGAUAAACUUAAAAGCAGAAGUGAUAUGAUUAAAAGUUUGAAGAGUGAUAAAUUUGAUGUUCUCGUUAUCGGAGGUGGAUGUACAGGAACAUCUGUGGCUCUGGAUUGCGCUACCAGAGGUUUAAAAUGCGCUUUGGUGGAAGCGAAUGAUUUUUCUUCUGGAACAACUUCAAAGAGCACGAAGCUACUUCAUGGUGGUAUCAGAUAUCUGGAGAGCGCUCUUUUGCAUUUGGAUUUAAAGGAACUUCAAUUUGUUUGGAAGGCAUUAGAAGAAAGGGCGCACUUGAUUGGUACUGCGCCGUUUGCGAAUUCUCCUGUUCCUAUUGUAAUGCCUAUAUAUCAAUUGUGGCAGCUUCCAUACUUUUGGAUCAAUAUUAAGAUCUAUGAAGUUCUGGCUCGCUUCUUCUGCUGCAAUGAAACAAGGAUUCCUUCCUCUUUCUUUUCUGGAAAAUCGAAUGCUGUCUUCAAUUUUCCUGGAAUAAGGCCAGAUGGUCUCUUGGGUGCAGUUGUGUAUUAUGAUGGACAGCAUAAUGACUCUCGUACCAACGUUUUGAUGGCUUUGACUAGUACGAUUGAUGAAUAUGUCCCAGGUCAAGUCGGUUCUACUAUAGGAAACUACUUGAAAGUUGAAGAAUUGCUAAAGGACAGUACAGGAAAAGUUAAUGGAGCCUUGGUGUGUGACGUUCUUACUGGUGAAACUUUCACUGUAAAGGCUGAUGUAGUUGUCAACUGCGCUGGCCCGUUUGCUGAAAAAAUUAAAAAAUUGAGCUUACCUGAGAGUAAAUUGAACAUUUUGCAUUCAAGAGGAACACAUGUUACCCUUCCUGCUAAAUACUGCCCUACUCCAUACGGACUUAUUAUUCCGAAAACCAGCGAUGGAAGAGUACUUUUUAUCCUUCCAUGGCAAGGCAAUACUAUUGUUGGAACAACUGAUAAUAAAGAUGAAUUGCAGGCUAAUCCUUUGCCGCAGGUUCAGGACGUUGAUUUUAUAUGCAAGGAUGCUUCAAAGUACAUGAAUUGCGACGCCAGUCAAAUAAAGGCUGAUAUUAAAUCCACAUGGUCUGGUCUUAGACCUCUCCUGAAGGGUGUUGAUGAAGUUAAUCAAACAGGAAAACUGUCUCGUGGCCACGUUAUUGAAGUUGAUGAAAGUGGACUUGUUAACGUGUACGGUGGAAAAUGGACAAUUUGCAGACUAAUGGCACAGGAAUGUGUAGACAAGGUUGUUAAGCACUUUCCUAGUGUUACAAAGGGGAGCUAUGCAUGCCGAACUCGUAAUAUGGUAUUACUUGGAACACAUAAUAAAGAAGGUGUAUCAGAUAUCGAUGACAUAAAACCAAGAUUUAAUAGGUUGAGUUCUGUUAUAACGGAGAAAUAUGGUUUGGAUUCAACAGUAUCUAAUCAUUUGGUAGAAAGCUACGGUUACAAGGCAUUGGAUGUAUGUGAGUUAUCCAAAGAGAUGGGUUUACUCAAGCCUAUUCAUGAAGAACAUCCUUACAUCAUGGGUGAGGUAGUUUAUGGUAUCAGAAACGAAAUGGCAUGCAAACCAAUAGACAUUUUGGCCAGAAGAACCAGAUUGGCAUUCAAGGACGUACACGCGGCAGUUUCAUCCCUCGGCUUGGUCUGUGACCUGAUGGGAAAAGAACUUUCAUGGUCUGCAGAGACUAGAGAACAGUUACACAAGGAGGCCACAGCAUAUCUAAAGGACAUGAUGGUCCCAAGUUAA